AAAUUACUUCCCUGCAUUAGAAAUUGAGAAAACUUUAUCUACUUUGGAAGUUAAUAUUACUUCCCCCAGUUUGACUAAUGUGGAAUUUGCUCUUUCUGACUCUGUUUUAGAACUUGAUACAGUUAAUGAUGCUUUCAUUGAAGAUGUUAAUAAUGAACUACAAGCAACAUUAAAAUCUCUUUUAAAUGAA